GCAACUACAUCGGCAAGACCAUCAAAUUUAGCAAACUGAUCAGAACCAGCUUUAGGAACUGUUCAAAGACUUUGUUCUUGAAGUUGCAGAGAGCCGUGUGUUGGAUCUGUAAGCCAAGACAGGGCAGGACGGAGGGUCCCCGGAGGAUUGAAAACAUGUCUGAAUCUGAAGUGAACUUUGAUUCCUACCCUCCGGUCUUUCGCCAGUUGAGGCAGCAUACCCAGAACUUUGACACGGUUGGUGCUAUAAACCAGGUCCCAGAUUCAGACCCUAUACCUGUCAUAGAUCUCCAAUGCUUAGACCUUGAACAGCUUGGGGAGGUUUGCAGAGAUUGGGGUCUUUUUCGUUUGGUCAAUCAUGGGGUUCCUCCAACCCUUCUGAGCCAACUUCAAGACCAUGCCAAGAAGCUUUUUUCUCUUCCCUUUGAAACCAAGCAGGCCAUAUUUAGCAGCCCUUUGUCAUACUUUUGGGGCACCCCUGUCCUCACUCCUUCUGGUGCAGCCCUACAGAUAGGUCCCCAGAAUGUCAAUUGGGUUGAAGGGCUCAAUGCUCCUCUUCUUCAACUCUCGCAAAUGCAAGCUGAAGAUCCUGUACUUGCAUCUUUCAGAGUGCUACUAGAAGAAUAUGGAAAGCACCUGUCGAGACUUGCUACAACCAUAUUCGAAGCUAUGGUGAUGAAACUCAAUCUAAAUUCAGAAGAAUCCAAGUCCAAUAUUCUAUCAGAAUCCACAGGAUUCGUUCGUGUUUAUCGCUACCCACAAUGCUUUGUGGCUAACUCUGCCUGGGGCAUGGACGUGCACACAGACAGCUCGGUUCUGUCCAUAUUGAACCAACACGAAGUGGGUGGCCUCGAAGUCCUCAAGGACAAGGAAUGGAUCCAAGUUAGACCUAUUUCCAACACACUCAUUGUCAAUCUUGGAGAUAUGAUGCAGGCAAUAAGCAAUGACGAGUACAAGAGUGUGGAGCACAGAGUGAAGGCAAGCAAACAUAAAGAGAGGAUCUCAAUCUGCUACUUUGCGUUCCCAGGUGAAGGCACUGUGAUUCGAAGCUCGAAGUACAGACCAUUUACAUACAGGGACUUCCGAGCACAAGUGCAAGAAGACGUUAAGAGCGUUGGGUUUAAGGUUGGGCUUGAAAGAUUCAAGCUUACUGAGACCUCUUGAGCAUGAUGGGCUUCAACGAUGUAUUGAGAAAAAUUAUAUUUUCAAACCGUUCUUUUUGCUUUGAUGAUGUAAUAGAGUUUAAUUUGUAAGAAUAUUUAAUUUUAUAUUUUUUUAUACAUCAAAAUUUUCUA